AUGUACUCCCUUACUCUCGGCUUCUCACCCUCUCCGCUUGCGCAAUGUAUUCAUGAAGAAAACCGUAAAGUGUUAAAUAUUUGAAAUAUAAAACCGCCGAAUUUCACAUGCUGAAAAAGGACUCCGCUACUCUUGCGCGCGGCACUGGCGUGUCUGUGCAAUAGACUCUGCAAAGAAAAAACUACUCUCACACGCCUGCAAGUCCGCGGCUGCACAAGGGGACGCCGAAAACCUAAUUUUUCAGUUUCAAGACAAACGCCUAAAAAUCAAACUGGCUCACGUUCUUCCCAACCAACCCAGUUUGACAGCUGCUCUUCACCCCAUUUGGAGGACUGUCAGCAGCAAGAGGAUGGCAUCAGAGCUGGCAAUGAGCAACUCCGACCUGCCCACCAGUCCCCUGGCCAUGGAAUAUGUUAAUGACUUCGAUCUGAUGAAGUUUGAAGUGAAAAAGGAGCCGGUGGAGCCCGAUCGCAACAUCAGCCAGUGCAGUCGCCUUAUCGCCGGGGGAUCCUUGUCUUCCACCCCGAUGAGCACGCCUUGCAGCUCGGUGCCCCCUUCCCCAAGCUUCUCGGCGCCCAGUCCGGGCUCGGGGAGCGAGCAGAAGACACACAUAGAGGAUUUCUACUGGAUGUCCGGUUACCAACAGCAGUUGAAUCCAGAGGCGCUGGGCUUCAGCCCCGAAGACGCGGUCGAGGCGCUGAUCAACAGCAGUCACCAGCUCCAGUCAUUCGAUGGCUACGCCAGGAGCCAGCAAUUUGCUGGCGCAGCCGGAGCAGGAGGCACCAUGGCCGGGGAGGAGAUGGGGUCUGCCGCGGCGGUGGUGUCGGCAGUCAUCGCUGCGGCAGCCGCUCAGAACGGAGCGCAACACCAUCACCACCACCACCACCACCACAGCAGCAGCCACCACCAGGCACCUGGCGUCCAGAGCAGCGGCACUUCUGGGACAAAUCACCCACACAUGCGCUUGGAGGAGAGGUUUUCAGACGAGCAGCUGGUGACCAUGUCAGUGCGGGAGCUCAACCGGCAGCUACGGGGGGUCAGCAAGGAAGAAGUGAUCAGAUUGAAACAGAAGAGGAGGACCCUAAAGAACAGAGGCUACGCUCAGUCCUGCCGGUUCAAGAGGGUCCAGCAGCGGCACGUCCUGGAGGGAGAGAAGACGCAACUCAUGCAGCAGGUCGAGCACCUAAAGCAGGAGAUCUCCAGGCUGGUCCGGGAGAGGGACGCGUACAAAGAAAAGUAUGAGAAGCUCAUCAGCAACGGCUUCAGAGAAAAUGGAUCCAGCAGUGACAACAACCCUUCCUCCCCGGAGUUUUUCAUGUCAUCGAGAAAAUUCCUCCAUCUGUGA